GUGUAGCAGACUGCGCGCCAAGAGGAGACACCGCGCUGGUGUCGCCCGAGGACAAGGCACGCACACGCGACACGGCGCGGCCUUGGGCCGUCAGUUGCCGUCAGCUGCCGCGCGACAGGCGACUGUCAGCCGCCUCCCGCCGGCCCGGCGAGCUGACUGAACACACGGAGGUCGCUGAGACCGCCGCGGGAAGAAGCCGCCUCAACACGACAUUUUUUUUUUUUUCCCCGUUAAACUCCGACUGUUGAUGACUCUGUGACGAUUGUUGUGGCGACGAGGAACGUGAGUGUCGCCGCGCCGUCCAAUCAGCUGUGUCGACGCGCGUGUACUCUGCCGGCGACUGGAGGAGACACAUCACACAGCACCAGCGGACAGCAGCACGAGUAGCCCGGCAACAAGAUGGCGGAGCAUGGGACCGCGCAGGCGCAGAGCGAGGGAUGCGCAAACAGCUGCGCGGCAGACACUAACGGAGCUGUGCUACCAGCAGUUCUGCAAGAUGCUGGCAAGAAGAAAUGUUCCAGGUGGAGGCAGGCAGCGGAGGCGCGGUGGCCUCGGCUGUCGCAGCCCGUGUUCCUCGCGGUGGCGCUCUUGGCGGCCUGGGGGGCGGGCUACUGCCUGCUGGGGCAGCCCCUCUCCCCGCGCGACGGCCCGCUCUUCAACCUGUGCCUCAUGUUCGUGCUGGCGCAGGCGGCCGGCCGGCUGGCGGGGCUGGCGCGCCUCCCGCCGCUGCUGGGCAUGAUCGCGGUCGGCGUCGCGCUCCGGAACUCUGGCUUCCUGCAGCUUCAGGGGUCCUACGCCCACCUCGCCGCCGUGCUCAGGAAGGUGGCGCUGGUGGUGAUCCUGACGCGGGCGGGACUGGGGCUGGACCCCGCGGCUCUCCGGCGGCUCAGCGGCAUGGUGGUGCGGCUCGCGGUCAUCCCCUCCCUCGCGGAGAUCGCGGUCAUCGGCGUGCUGAGCCACUUCCUGCUGGACCUGCCGUGGCUCUGGGGCUUCAUGCUGGGGGGCGUGCUGGCGGCCGUCUCGCCCGCCGUGGUCAUCCCCUGCCUCUUCCACCUGGCCGCGCGCGGCUACGGGGUGGACAAGGGCGUGCCCACGCUCAUCGUGGCCGCGGCCAGCUUCGACGACAUCAUCGCCAUCGCCGUGUUCGGGGUCAUGGUCUCCGUCAUCUUCUCCACGGGUUCGCUGACGAUGCAGAUAAUCCGUGGGCCGGCAGGACUUGUCAUGGGGCUGGCGUUUGGCGUGCUUUGGGGCGUGAUGGCGAGAUACGUGCCCUCUGAGCGCGCGUCGUGGCUGGUGGGCUCGCGCACGGUGCUGCUGGCCUGCGGGGGACUCCUGGCCGUGCUGGGCGCCGAGGCCGUCGGCUUCGACGGGGCCGGCCCCCUGGGCUGCAUCACCGCCGCCUUCGUCAGCUGCGGCGGCUGGCGGGCCGGCGGCUGGAGCGACGACCACAACCCGGUGGGGGACAACUUCUCGCUGCUGUGGCAGUUCCUGCAGCCGGUGCUGUUCUCGCUCAUCGGCACCGAGAUAGACCUGUUCGUGCUGGAGGGACGCACUGUCGGCCUGGGGCUGGCCUGCCUGCUGAUCGCGCUGCUCGCCAAGCUGCUGCUGUCGCUGGCCUCUGCGAUGGGCGGGAACCUCAACUGGAAGGAGAAGCUGUUUGUCUCCAUCGCGUGGUUCCCCAAGGCCACGGUGCAGGCAGCGCUGGGGCCGGUCGCCCUGGACAUGGCACGUGCCGCGCAGUCCCCGGAGAGCGUGGCGCACGCAGACAAGGUGCUGGUGGUGGCCGUGUUGGCCAUACUGCUGACCGCCCCGCUGGGGGCCGUCCUCAUCACGCUGCUGGGGCCCCGCCUGCUCAGCAGGGCCGACAACCCCGCGCAGACCGCGGAGCUGGCCCGGGGCCACUGAGCGGGACGGCAUCUGUCGCCUCCCGCGGCAACACGGGCACCUCAGGUGGCUCUUCCACUCAGACCUAGCUACCUCGUUCAUUCAGAGUAGACGAUUUCGCGUCCACUAAAUAUAAUGUGCGUUUGCGUGAAAUUAAGUAAAACUCAGAAAAAAGAUACUUUCUCGUACAGAAGCGAUUUUUACCGUGAAAUUUGGUAUAUUUUGCAAAAAAAACUUAAUUAGUAUUAAAUAUAGUAUCAGUUCUUAGUUAGUUUUGUUUACGCAAGGUAGAACGUAAACAUAAUAGACAGCAUCCACAAAAAAAAUGUGCCAGUUGAUUAACAUGCACCAGGUUUGGUACCUACAUCCUCGUACCAGCGCAAGAAUGUAGUUUUGUUCCUGUGAAGCAGUUAUUAGUGCUAUGUAUUCCUGCCGAUAUUGCACACUUAACAAGCAACCUUGUUUGUAAACACAUGAAUGUGUUUGUGAAUUUUAACAACUCGAGUCAAAACACAGUUUUUUCAGGUUUUAAAGUGCCACUUCCUGGCAAUUUCAAAAUGACAAACAUUUUCCCAGUCCCUACUCCGUAACACAACUUCGGCCCCGUGUACUGAUGGUGCAUAAAUGUACUUAACAUUUAGGAAUGAUUGGAAAUUAAUAGUACUUAAAAACUGAAAAUGUUUAGUUUAGAGGAAUCACUGUAGCCCACGCCCAUUACUAAUUUCUACAUCUGGAAACUGGUUUGGUGGAAACUGAGGUUAGUUGUGAUGUGUACCUUAGUGCUCCACUGGUCUCGUCUAUCAUCUGUGCGAUGUGGGGUCAAGGCAAGUGUUGUCAUUAUUAUCAAUUGCUAGGGACAAGACUAUAUCGAGAGUUGCGACAAAACCGAAAUAACACCGAAAAGCAUUUCAAUAUUUCAAUACACCAUACUAACACUGAAAUGCAAUUAAAAUUAUGUAACUAAUCAGCAUUUUUAAUCAAUAAUUAACUAAUGACGAAUACCUGCAUUUUAAAUAUCAAAGUCAAUGAAAGUAAUUUAUUUAGCAUGAUGUUUGUACCACAUUUCAAUAAAAAAAAAAAAAUAAGAAAAAAGUUUGCUUUUUUUUAAAAUAAAAAAAAUCUUGCAACUGUUAUUAGUUACUCAUUUAUAAAUUAUGACCAUGUAACUUUUUUCAAACACAAAAUAUAAUUAACAGAAUUAUUUUAUUUGUUCUGAAAAGAUAGACAUGCUUAUUACAAAUCCAAAAAGUGAUCAUGUAUUAUAGUUACUCCUAUAAAAAAAACAGUCUUUACCAGCAGUUUUGUCACGGAAUGUUGCAGUAAAAAGCAUCGGAAAUCUGGCGCUAAAACAAUGUUUGAAUACAUUUGCCUCAGAAAAACUGGUCAAGAUAGACGUGGUGAUUGUGAACGGUAGAGUUCACGGACAUUUACGGUGGAGGGAGGAUGAACCAUAAAUACUGCUGCAUGGCGAAAUGCUCUCAAACACACAUGCAUGCACACUUCUCGUUCACGUCUCUGGCUGGUUUAUUUUUAGAUUUAGAUUCCCCUCUUGCUCAGCGCCAGCCACGCGAAAUAAUAUUAAAAACUAACACAGGCUAGUUAUUUACGCACAUAUUCGACCGCACAGUGCAAUGUUAAUUUUUUUAUACCCAAAAUAAAAAAAAUGCAUAAUAAUCACAGUACUGGUUAUUAAACAAAAUUGGCAUGAAAUGUGCGACCCAUACGAGAGUGAAUACAGUUAUCAAAGUGACACUGUUUUGGAGAAAUUAGUAUCAUGGAACAUUAAGUAUAAAACGUUUUCAGUAAUAUGCUUUUUUUUUUAAUAAUUAUGUUUCACAAAAACCCAGAAAAAUCCUUUUUUAAAAAAUGAAAUUUUCCUGAAAAUAAAACCAUAAAAUCUUGUCUCUAUCAAUUGUUAAUGCAGAAAAUAAUGUACUAUGUUUGAGAAGUAUGUAAAUGAUAACCACUAGUAUCGACUCCAUGCACAGCGUGAGUGUUGCACGUUCAGAAUUAUUCCACAAUGGUUCUCAAGUUACCUUCUGCAGCUGAAUUGUGAAACAGCAUCAUGUCAACCAGUCCUGAGCGGUGGUAAGAAUCGUUCCGCCAAUCAGUGACGUGGUCAGGAAUAUAAUCCAGGACUUCUGGCCUGUCGGUCGUGUGUCCAUGCGUUUGGAUAGUUUAUACACGACGUGUGUGCAGAAACUUCCUUGCUCUCAUUUAGUGCAUCACAGAAUUUAACCUUUUUUAAAGGCUUCCAAACUAAGUUUACCAAGAGCUAACUAAGUUAUAGUAAUUGAUACCCAUAAGGAUAAAAUCCUUGCAGAAAUUUUUAAAUCAUUUUAUCAAUGCGAUCAGUUCUUGAUUUAUAACUGUUUCAGAAGUAAUAUAUUUUCUUUUUGUAGUUAUAAUGUAUUGUGCUAAUGUAUAGUUUACACAGUUAUCAAAAGCAGUUCCACAAACUCAUUUUAGAACAUUUAAUUGAUAGGAUGAUUGGAAAUAAUAUAUAUUUAACAAGAAUCACCUACAAACACUUUAGACUCGGUGAUCCUUAUUUGAUGUCUCUUAAAGACUGAACAAUGCUAGAUGGUAAAUACAUCAAAGAAUCAACAUUAAUAUCAGAUUUAAGUAAUAUAAUGUAAUUAUGUGAGUUCCAAAAUGAGUUUGUGGAACUUCUUUCAAGAAUUAAAUUCUAUUACAGAGCCGAAAUAUUUAUGUACGUCUAUGUUCAGUGACCAUAUUUGUAACAUCAUACUUAAGAGAGUAAGAUUGACAAUUUAAGUAACCCAUAUGUUGGUACAGGUAAAUGGUAUAUCUGUGCAUGAUAUUUGUAUGUCUAUGUUAUUUUAAAUAAUCAACCAAAACUGAAUACACUCAUACUUGUUA